GGGGCUCUCCUUCCAAGAGGAGACCGUGCGCAUGUGACAUCUUGGACUUUGGGAACUUCGGGAGGUGAAAGAGUCCAUUUGCAGGUCAUUUCCCCUGCCGUGUGUGAGUGGAUGGGAACGAGCGAGAUUGGUUUUUGGAUCCCCUUAUUGGAUGCUUCCAGAGGUGAUAUCAGUCAAGUCAAUUUUCUUGUCUGGAAUUUCUCAGACCAUACAAGGCUUUUAGGUAAGUUAUCACAUACCAAUGGUAAUAAAACAAAAUGAAGAAUAGAUUAAAACAUUGAAGCAACUUAUUCAAAUGGCAGAAAGUGGCAUUCUCUUUCAAGUGGGUCUGCACUCGAGUCAGAAUUGCUUAAGAGAAAACAUAAGUAGUGUGGACUGGAACAGCACGAACUUCGCUGGCGGCUGUGGUUGCAAUGACUCAUUUUCUUAGGUUCACAGACUUCUACUUGUCACUUGUCCCCCUCUGCGCACAAUAACAUUGAGCAAAUUGUACCGAAUUUUGUUCCUUAGUCAAGGAGAGACCUCUGUGUUCAUCUGUGACCAGCUGUGCUCACUGCUCCAAGCACAAGACGUUCAAAAGGCUUACCUGGUGAUUGUUCAACAGAGAAUAUCUGAGUGAUUAAAGGCAAAGCACCCUGACCAGUCCCUACUGACAGAAAAGAAGCAAAAAAAGUGCCACAGAGCAACACUUUGUUAGAAAACCCUCAGAAGAACGCUUUAAAGUAAUUAUUUUAUUUGAGAAAUAAUCGCCUACAGGUUAGCUUUAAUUGUAUUUGAUACAAUAGAAACAAAUGAACUAAAAUUAAAAUGAAGACAUUGAACCUGUAAAUUGACCAUGUUGCCAAAGUAGAUGUUGUUCCUGUUGCUUGAACUCUAAAUAUUAAGUGAACCCAGAUAAAGUUACAAUUGUUUGUUGAUGCAAAUAAAGUCUCUUAAGUUGCCUGUGCUUGUAAUGAAGUGUAGCCGCAGCAUGGAAAGGCCAUGCCAGAGAUGAUAGGGCUUUUUUUUUUUUGUAGAAAUAUACAAAGCAUAAGAAGUUUUGUUUCUUUCUUUUCUUUCUUUUUUUUUUUAACAAACAUUGGUGGUUCCAUAUGACCAUGAAAUUGAAAUGGCACGAAAUAAAUACCACCCCUUUCAUCCUUGAAACCUAGAUGACUAAAUGGUUAGCAGGGUUGGAGAACCUGUGCAGGCGUGAGCGAAGGUUAUAAUAGUAUCAUGUUCCAUUUAACUCUCGCUUUGAACUGCCAAACACUCCCUGAUACCAAUUCACAUUGUCUCCAAAAUGUGCCUAACUAUUCUGUUUCUAAGAUCCUGGCCUUGUGAAGUGUGUUAGGUGAGGCUGCAUCUAAGUUUUGUAAAUUGAGAAUUGACUAGUUGAGGACUCUAGCCACUGCCUGUUCCUCACAGGCUGUUCUGCUGACUUACCUUCUAAUAUAUAUACACACAAACACACAGAUAUGUGUAAAUACACAUAAAAUAUAAAAUAUACACACGUGUGUGUACAUAUACAUACACAUAUAGUAUAGAAGGUAGGUUACUUUUGUUUUACAUAUAUAUAUACUUCUCUAUAUAAGAACAUUUAGAAAACAAAAGUAACUUUUAAGAAUAAAAAUGAUUGAAGUUUUCAUUUUACAAGUUUUAUUCAACAGCAUCUUUUUUUUUUAUUUUUUUUUCAACAGCAUCUUUUUAAAGACUAGUUUUCCAAUGCACCUUGGCCUAUCUGCCCUUUUAGUAUACUUUGCAUGCCUUUGUCCCAUCGAAUGAUCCUCCGCAUUUGCUCGUCACCAUCUUCAUUCAAAUAGUGCUUUCCGAACGAGGAGACACGUGCAACUGAUUUGCUUCCUCAAGAAAAGACGUCAAACUACUAUAACCUGUUAGUUCCCGACAGCUUCAAUUAAUCAACCAUUUCUUUUUACAUGAUGGCCACAGAGGGAAGAGGAGAGGGCUGAAACCGAGGCUCUGCUUUAGCAUGAAUCUGUGCUCUACAAAGGGAAAUCUGUCCCUGUGGUUGGUAAUGAUGUGCAUUUGUUUUAAAUUUGCAGCAUCCCUGUGCUAUAUUUAUAGGCUUUUGUUCGCCGGGCUAAUUUCCUGUGAUGAUUUAUGUCUCCACAUACACAAGAAACAAUUUAAACAAUUAUUUGAAUCAAUUGAAGUAAGCAUGUAAUGGAGCAAAGAAAACAAACACAGCCUUCAAGCAAGCUAUUUUUAUCCUCUGACAAAAAUAGGGUACCUUCUGAAACGUAUUUGGACAAACACAUAUUUGUUUACACGGAUACAAGAGAAGCGUGUUUGCACUGGUGGUAGGUAGGAAGAGGGAAAAGUAAUUUACCAUAAGCCUUUCCCCAGGAACCGAAAAACAAAACAGCUCUUUAAAAUUAACUCCCAAACUGCGUCUUUGGAUCUUGUGCUCAGACACAUCACCAGGUGCUCGUGGGACUUCGGAGUUGUAAUGUGCCCCAGAGUCAGGUUCAGACCUGGAGUAAGAGAGCGUGGGCCUGGCCCCUCGUCCUGAAAUGAGGGCUGCGCUAGCCUGGGCCUCUCGCAGCAAGAACCACGAGGAGCAGGAAACAGGGAAUGGCCCCAAAUCAGGGAAAGCAGGCCCAGCUGCUUGAAGAACUGCGCUCCUGGUGCUUUUUUUUUCCCAGAAGCCAUGUCUUCUCCGGGCAGCAGCCUAGCCCUUAGCGGGGCUGCUGCCUCCCUCCCUCAUCCUGCAGCCCCGCAAACUCCGCAGAACGCCAUCUGGCGACGCAGGAUGACCCACGGACAGCGAGCCUCCAGCGGAGGGGAAGCGAAACCACAGCUGGCGGGAGGAGCGGGAGUGCGGGGGGCGGGGGAGGAGAAGCGUGGAAUAAUUCCACGACUUCCCCAGUCAGUCCGAGGCGUGGGGAAAAGCAAGAACCGGUGCGGGCGGAGAGCGGGCAUCCAUCCGCAUCGGGUGAACCCUAGUGCCUUCGCAGCGUCCCUGUGCUCCGCUCGUUCGGGUCCCUAGGUGGGAACAAACUCCGAGUGCAGAAGUCCGCGCUGCACAAGUCCUUUGGCUGGAGUUAGGCGCUGCCCCGGCUGGUGUCUGCCGGCGAUUUGCAGCUUUCCCAUAGUCACUCCCGGCGCCGCAGGGGCGCGGUUUUAAGCAGCUGGCCCCAUUUUCCCAUGCUGUGUAAUUCAAUGGCUCCAUCUCGCUCCAUUCGUGGAGGCACCGCUUGCCACGUGUGGAUGGCUGAGCCCUCAGCGGCGUCCUAUAGCUCACCAAUGCGAGCCCGUGUCCAGUUCCACAGGAAGCUUCUCUAAUGGAGUGGGGUUUGCACUGCACCGCCAGGAGCCGGACUGCUGAGCUUAGACGCCUGAGCGUCUCGAUCCUAUGCCUAAACCUUACCCGAGUCUUUUAGUGAUGGCCUAGCAGCCCCGCUUACCUGAUCGACUACACUCAUCCAGUCUUUUGUUCCGCGAGCCGCUUUCGCCCCUGCGGAAACCCAGGCAGCGGGCGGUGGGAGGGUCGGUGCUAGAACGCAAUCUCCUUGGCCUGGCCGCACGCUCGGACUUCGGUGUCUGUAGCUAGCUCUCCACCGCGCCACAACGCCUCGGGAACAAAGGUAUCCCAGUCCUCUCCCUGUCCCUUCCUCCUGUUUCCGCGUUCUCUGGCAAGACUCUGUCUCUGUGUGAGGAGGGAACUGGGCAUCCUUACUUCGUCAUCUUGGAAUUCCACUUAGGGCUUCGAAAUGUGAAUAUGUCCCUGCCUUGGGAAGCAAGAUUGCUGGCGCCUUCAAAAUGGUCCUUCUCGUUUCAUGUGGUUAACGACUCACGAGCUUGCCAAGCACCUCUACAGUUUGCACAGUGCUCAGCCCCCUCCUCCUCCUCCUCCUCCCCUCUCUAAUGUGUCUCUUUCUCUCUGCACCCCCCCACCCCAACCCCGUGUGCGCCUGUGCGCGCGCCCAUGUUCGUGCGUUCUUUUCAUUUCUACCAUUAGGAAACCCACUCAGAGCCUCCGUGAACUCAGAAGACGCUCAGUUCUUAUUUCCCACGGAUUCCUGACUCUCCGGAAACGCUGACAGCGUAUACACUGGAGGAUAUUAUGCUGGAGAGACCACUGAUUCUUAAGAAAUGAGCCAUGGAGAAAAAAACGGUAAAGCUGGAAGCCCUGGAAGAGGCCUUCGCACGAAAAUAGGAUCUGCGUUCCGCUACGGGGUCCUAAUCCCCUCUCUUCAGCACCGGAGGGGAUGGACAGCGUCUCCCAGCUGUGCCUCCGUCUUGGGGACUUAGGUGUGCUGCUGCUACUGCCUCUACUGCUGUCCUUGUGGUCACUGUCAUGGACAAGAGCUCUCGGCAGCUAAAAGGCGGUGCCUCCGGUCCCCUUCCUUGAUGGUUGAAAACCUGCCUUCCUCAUCCUCCUGUCACUCAUAGGAACCCGACUCCGCGUGCUUAAACUCUGGGCAGCAACUCCAAAAAUAAUUUUCUGCAUGGGCUGGAAGGAAUGCAGGCAGAAGAGUGGAGUUGAAGUUCUUAGAAGCACCCAGGAACUGUGAGCGCUGCAGUAGGAGUUGAAAUACCCAAAGGCCCACAGUUCUUUAAAUAAGAACUUCCUGGACUGGAUUGCUGCUGUUGUGGAAACAGCUUUGCGAGAGGUUGGAGAUACUAAACCCCAACAUUAGAGUAGCCGAAAAGACUCCAUUUCCUCUGCUCAGCAGUCUGCUCUCCAGGAUGUUGAGAUUGCCCAAGAAAUAACGCUGCAAAGAAGACUUACCACUCUACCUGAAUUCAAACCACAUCCUUCAGAGUGCCACAGCACAUGGAUUUCAGAACUACCUGUGAGGAGUCGAAGACAGGGGUUUGCUUGCUACAAGAUGGUAAUCAGGAACCUUUUAAAGUCCGGCUGCAUCUUGCCAGAGAUCUGCUGAUGCUACAGGAGCAAGACGUUCUGUGUGUGUCUGGUGAGCCUUUCUAUUCUGGUGAAAGAACGGUGACAAUCAGAAGGCAGACAGUAGGAGGAUUUGGAUUAAGCAUAAAGGGAGGUGCAGAACAUGACAUUCCAGUUGUCAUUUCUAAAAUCUCCAAGGAGCAAAGAGCGGAGCUUUCAGGACUGCUUUUCAUCGGAGAUGCAAUUCUACAGAUAAAUGGAAUCAAUGUGAGGAAAUGCAGGCAUGAAGAAGUGGUUCAGGUGCUCCGGAACGCUGGGGAGGAAGUGACGCUGACGGUGUCAUUUUUAAAAAGGGCGCCUGCUUUCCUCAAGCUCCCCCUGAAUGAAGACUGCGCAUGUGCUCCAAGUGACCAAAGCAGUGGUACCUCCUCUCCUCUUUGUGACAGUGGCUUGCAUCUCAACUACCAUCCAAACAAUACAGAUACACUUUCCUGCUCUUCGUGGCCCACAUCUCCAGGCUUGCGGUGGGAGAAGCGGUGGUGUGACCUCAGGCUCAUUCCUCUACUGCAUGCCCGCUUCUCCCAGUACCUGCCGGGGACUGACCUGAGUCGGCAGAAUGCUUUCCAAGUUGUUGCUGUGGAUGGAGUCUGCAGUGGAAUUAUUCAGUGCCUGUCUACUGAAGACUGCAUGGAUUGGCUCCAAGCAAUAGCAGCUAAUAUUUCAAACCUCACAAAGCAUAAUAUAAAAAAAAUCAACAGAAAUUUCCCUGUAAACCAGCAGAUUGUUUACAUGGGUUGGUGCGAAGCACGGGAGCAGGAAUCACUCCAGGACCGUGUGUACACACCUGUCUUUCUCGCCCUGAGGGGCUCCUGUCUUUACAGGUUCCCGUCACCUCCAGUGACCACAUGGGAUUGGACACGAGCAGAGAAAACUUUCUCCAUAUGUGAGAUCAUGUGCAAGGUUCUCAAGGACAGUGACCUGCUGGAUCGGCGGAAACAUUGCUUUACUAUGCAGUCUGAGUGUGGGGAGGACUUCUACUUCUCAGUGGAGUUAGAGAGUGACCUUGCCCAGUGGGAACGAGCCUUCCAAACAGCCACCUUCUUAGAAGUAGAACGGAUACAGUGCAAGACAUAUGCUUGUGUGCUGGAGAGUCACCUAAUGGGUCUCACGAUUGACUUCAGCACGGGUUUCAUCUGCUAUGACGCGGCAACAAAGGCCAUACUUUGGAGGUAUAAAUUCUCUCAGCUUAAAGGCUCAUCGGAUGACGGCAAAAGCAAAAUAAAAUUUUUGUUUCAGAAUUCAGAAACUAAACAAAUUGAAGCAAAGGAGUUGGAAUUUUCAAAUUUAUUUGCUGUUCUUCACUGUAUUCACUCAUUUUUUGCUGCCAAAGUAGCUUGUUUGGACCCUCUGUUUUUAGGUCAUCAGGCUGCUGCUUCUGCUUCUGCUACCUCUGCUUCUACAAGCAAAGCAAAGCACGUGGCUUGACUACUGAGUUCUGCCUAGCAGCCCCACUGUCACUCCUCGUUUUCAUCCGGCAGAGACCAUGCUGUCACCAUGUCAACAGUGGAGUCAGACUGCAACUCCGGCGGGAAAAAUGUCAGGAGGUAUCUGCAGUAGAUCUUACCCUGGCAGGUAUCCGCAAAUAACCCGGAAUGGGCAGAGCAGCCUAUUCUUUCUCCUCUGAUCUUUAUCAGGACACAGCUGUCACCGUGUAUGGUGAUGAAUGAUUGGUGUAAAGUAUGUAAAUAACACAAAAAUUGUAAGCUACCUAUAAAUAAAAGUACCAAUUAAAUGGCUAUUUCUCUAUUUUAGAUUAUUUUGUAUGACAGAGACAUAGUGGGCCAGAUGAACCAAUGCCCUAUCAUUGUAUUAUGAGUGUAAAUAAGUUAAAAAGUAAAGCAAGGCAAGUAGCAUGCAAAAAUAAUAAUAAUAAUAAUACAUUAAAACCUCAAGGAUAGAAGUACCUUAACCUACCCACAUGAGUUGCUUCCUAUAUUCCCAUCUUAUGUUUCCACAUGAGAACUCUAGUGGUGUUUACCAGAGUUUAAAUCUUCUGAAGAAUAAGUAAAGAUAAUCACAUUGGCCUGUGAUACACACUAAGAAAUGAAACAUUCCUUCUUGGACAAAUGCUACAAAAAUGUUUUAUAUUAAAAAUGGUAUUAGUCCUGAAUGGCUAAAAUACUCAUGAUUUCCCUAUUCUUCAUGUAAACACAUUUAUACUCUUUUGCCUAAUGAUAUUUAUGAACAAACUAAACUUUAAUAAAUUGAUAUGACCCAAAAUUUUUACAGAGAAAGUUAUGUCAACAAAUUCUGUGUAAGAAAUAGGACUUUGUAACUCUUUUCUGUUUAGUCAUGAAUCGAAAAGUUCCUGAAAAGUAGCCACAGAGGUGAUAAUUUCAUUUGAGUAUAUUUAUGAGUAAAUUAAGUGAGAUUUGGAAACAAUUCUCAAAAUACAUGUCCUAGAACGCCAUGGAGUAUGAUUAAGUAGUUAUAAUAGAUUAAGACUGCUGUGGCUAGCUUGUGUUAGCGUUAGGAAGGCGAAAGGACAGAAAUAGGCAAUAUGGAGAAUGUAGUCACAGCUGGGAAUGGGGUCUUGCUAGUCACAUAAAGCAGGAAGCAUUCUCUGGCCCUCAUCUAAGGCUCUGUAGAUGUCUGCUUUUAAACAACUGGGUACUUAUUGAAAAGUAAAACGGAUGUCCAUUUUUGCUUGUACACAUUUCAGUUGAUAAUUGUUUUAGCUCUUUUUAAAUGACCAGUUUUCUAAUAGGGAGUUCACUAUUGUUUCCUUUAGUAGAAGAAAAUCUCAGGUAAGACUUAAGAGGAAAAUAAAAUAAUUUGUGGGGAGGAACACAUAUCCAUGAAAGUAAAGUCAACAAAUAGUAAGCUAUCUUCAUAAUCACUAGAGAUAUUAAUUCAUCUUGAAUCAGGUUAAGUGAAAUCUCAUGAGAACUGAAAAAUGUAAGGUUGGAACUAAAAUGCCUUUCCAAAAAAAAUUAAUAAUAAAAGCUUACAAACACUAUAAGAAAUUCAAUGUAUCCCUACAAUGGCAAUAUUGAAAUUGUUGCUUACUAUAUCAACCAGACACAAAAACUAUAGCAAAUUUUGGAUAUCACCAAUAUCAGAAUUCUGACUGUUUAACAUAAAGUAGAAGGAGUGAAUAUGGACACAUUUUACUAUUUCUUCUGAAACCUCUGCUACUGAGCAAGGUGCAGCCUGGACUGUAGGGCUUGUGAUAUGCCACAGUCAUCAAAACUAAAAAAGGAAAUAAUCUGGGGUUUUAAACAAUGCAGAAUUCUUCUGUAAUCAUGUAAGAUAAUUUCAUGGGGCUGGAGAGGUGACUGAGCUUUAAGGGUUAUUAUUGCUCCUGCAAGGAAGACAGACUUGCUUUGAGCACUCACUCGGUGAUCUGUAACUACAGUUCCAGGGGUUCUGAUGCCAUUUUCCAGACUCAGAAGCACUGGGGAUACAUGUGGUAUGUAUACAUGCAAGCAGGUAAAACAACACAUAAAAUGAUGUAGAUUUUACAAGGUUCUCUUUAAACAUACAAAAACUUUUAUUUUUUUUAUGCUUUUAUUGUUGUUAUCUCAAAUAUUCUCCCAGUGUUCCCAUUGUGAAAAACAGCAAAAGUAUGAGAUGAGAUCUUUGAGUAUACAGAGCUAGUGUGCUUACAGAUACAUGAGUACAUGUGUAGAGACAAGUAUAAAUUGUUGACUUUAAUUAUAUUGAAAUAAAAUUUUCCACAUACAUACAUAGCAUAAUUUGAAUUCAGUUAUAAAGUGUUGCUUGAAAUAAAACAUAUUAAAACAACCUUAGUAUUUUACUAUUUAUAGUAUUGAUCGACAUAUCUUCAUGCUGAAAUUGCUAUUUAACACGAUUAGUGGCACAAGCAGCAGUUAGGAAAAUACUGUUCUGAUUUUCAUCAGUUUAACAGUUAGUGUUUGAUGCUUUCUUUAUAGUGCUAUUAAGCACUGUUAUUUGCUGUUUUUCUUGGGCUACUUCAGUGAGAAAGUUUAGAAAUGAGUUGAAACACAGAUUUCAAUUUCUCUGUAACUUAGGUUCCAAUAUAGGAGAUUUUUUUUCCCAAAAAAUUACAAGUUUGAGUAUUAAGCACAUAUGAGAAUGCUUCAUGAUGUUUUAACCGCUCCAGUGCCUUGGUGGAUGUGUAUGCACAUGCAUGUGUAUAGGGACAAAUUAAAGGGCUUAUUACAGUGUACACAGUGUAAACUUAAAGGGCAAUGUAGUUAUGGGAGUUAGAGACAGGAGUUUAAAACCACUUGAAAACUGUUGAGAAUGCCUUUUAUGUGAUUAAAAUAGCAAACCAUCAGCACUGAAAUAUAUCAAAGCAGGGGCAUUUGAAUCUGUUAUAGCGCAACUUCAAAAACACUUUAAAAGAUGAUUUAAAAAUAAUAAAUACUCCAAAUGCUUCCCAUCCAAUCUUACUUUUAAAGAGCAGAAUGAGCUACUGCGUUCUCAUACAUUUCGGGCAUGAACAGACCUCUUAUAAAGCCUUUGCUCAUAAAAGUCGUCCAACAAGAAAAAGACAAUGAAUACCAAGUCAAUAUGGCAAACAGAGAAAAAACUUCCAUAUAGACAGUGCGGUUUUUUUCUGGAUACAUGAGCUGAUGAGUCCACAUAUCCUUUGCUUAGGUCACAGUGAUUGUUCAUAGUAUAUUCCAUGUCGAAUGCUGAGCUUAAGUGAUGCUUGAUUUAUCACUGAGGAACAGUGAUUCAUAGCAAUCACUUCACUUUACUGUUUCAAACCCGAAGUUUGGAGAAGCUCUACCAGUGCAAGGACAAGCUUAAGCUUAACUCUGUAAGGUAAGUGUCUGUGUUCACACUUAACGAUAAAUGUUUUGUUCCUGUUGCUAUUGCUGUGCUCAGGAGCUGAAGGACUCUCUUGAUCCACAUCUCUAGAAUUUCUGUUUGUAUUUUGUUCUGACUCCUUAAGACCCUAAACUCAUGUCACUUUAUGUUAUACCUUAACUUUAAUGAUAAUAAAUAAUAUAAAUGUUAUAUAUUUUAUACAUAUUACAAUGUAGUGAAAUAGAAAGAUGAAAUAUAAAUAUAUUUAUUUCCCAUUUAAAUGUUUGGUGGAUGUUUCUAAAAUGUAAAUUCAGAUCUGUUAUAACUUGCCACUCUGUCUUUGGGUUCAUUAAUGAUUUAUUACAAAAUAAAGCAAACAAACAAAAAAAACCUUUCUUAAUGAAGCACACUGGAAAAUAAAGAAGGAAGCUUU